CAUACACACACACACACGCACACACUCAUGGAUCAGGAUCAGCAUGAUGAGGAUGUCAGUGCAGACGCUGAACUGGCGGCUGCCAUCAUGAAGAGACACUUCCGUCCGUCUCUGAUAAAGACAGAAGCGUGGGAAGGCUAUGAGUUUGCAGACAAGGAGAUCAAGAUCACGGAGUCGACGGACUGCUAUGGGGCCGUUCUGUGGCCCUCGGCCAUGGUGCUGUGUCACUUUUUGGACUCUCAUCGCGAUCAAUACAACCUGCUGGACAAGAAGAUCAUUGAGCUGGGAGCCGGAACCGGACUCGUUACCAUAGUAACCAGCCUCCUCGGAGCACAGGUGACCUCCACUGACCUGCCGGACGUCCUGGCCAACCUGAGGCACAAUGUGAAUCGUAACACCAGAGGGCGCUGCAGACACGAGCCGCAGGUGACAGAGCUGAUCUGGGGUCAGCAGCUGGAGGAGCGAUUCCCCCGAUACACCUGUCAGUAUGACUACAUCCUAGCGGCGGACGUGGUGUACGGCCACCCAUACCUGCAGGAGCUGCUGGAGACCUUCAUACACCUGUGCUCUGACCACACCGUCAUCCUGUGGGCCAUGAGGUUCCGGCUGGACCCCGAGAACCGCUUCGUCCACACCUUUCAGGAGCAUUUCCACCUGGAGGAGCUGUACGACCUGCCCAGCCUCAGCAUCAAACUCUACAGAGCACAUAAACGAUAAUACGCACACAUGCACACACACACACACACACACACACACACACACACACACACACACACACACACACACACACUGAUUCCACAUCAGUUCUGUUUACAACUUGAUUUUAUCUUUUACACUUUGAUUUGUGUUGGAUGAUUAGUAUUAAAUGUAUAUUAUUUUACACUACAAGACUGUUGUAUAAACAUACUAUGGUGUUCGGUUAUUGUCAGAUAAAAGCACAGCUAAAGUAGUUCCAGCAAAUUUAGAGCAGCUCCAUAUCACUCCGCUAAAUGAUUAAAGUUAUUUCACAGCUAGAACAAUCAGAAAUCACAUCAGAACACAAGAGGAGGAGGAGGAGAUGUGGAGGACACUAGUGCUACACACAGGAGCAGAAACCUGACUAAUGCACUCUCAGACACAACAUCUCAGCAGUGGAUCUACCAGAGACCAGGAGAAGGGUCUGGAUGCAGACCUGGUGCAGUGCAAUCUGGGCUGCAUCCAAUGCUUUUUAAUGGAAUUACCUAACCCCACCCCUAACCCUACCCGUCAUUCACAAUGACGUCACUCACUCCAUUUAGUGCAUUGUGUCUGACAUUGCAUCGCUGAGUGAUGCAAUCUCAGCUUGCAUCAUAAAGGCUGCAUCCAGAUACUAUUGGAGACCAGAGGAGAAGAGCAAUAAUCACCUGCGGGAUGGUGGAUUAUAAGUGAAUAAUGCACACCUGAGGAGCGACAACACUCCACCUCACCACAUCAACACCUCAGCUCUGUGUUAUAUUCUAAUCAUUCGACAGUCUGUUGUUAAUUAUUCUGUUUUACAAGUAAAGUCAAUGGGAAGUCAGGAGGAAUCAAAGCUGUUUUGUACAGAAGUGUCGUGUUUGGAACAAUAAAUGGUGAACUUUCA